AUGGCUUUGGCUUCUUCUUUUAUUUGUUUCCUUCUAUCUCUUCUUCUGAUUUUAGUUCAGGCAAAUAGCAGCAAUGAUUCUAUUUGUCCGAAGUCCUUUUCAUGUGGAAAUCUUACUGACCUGAGCUUUCCUUUCUCUCUUUCCACACAACCUGAUUGUGGAAUUAUUUCUAUGUCUGGUUGUAAUGCUAAACCAUUUCCGAAAAUCCGACUGCUUCCUGAAGGAGAUUGGUACUAUGCUUUACAGAAGCAUGAUUCAUCAGUUUGGCUUGGGGAUACGAAGCUUCAAAAAACGUUGACGAAACACAAGUGCCAGGCUUUUGACAAAAAUUUCUCCCUUCCAAACUCUCCUUCUAUUUCUUUCCAUAUGAUUAAUCUUAACAACUUCUUCAAAUGCAACACUACCAGUAAUAAUCCCCUAAACGUAACCCAGAAGAAGAACGAUCGUUUUGCUGGUUAUAAUAUGUACAAUGGCUGUGAAGGCUUUAGCAUAUACUACAAGCUUUCCCAAGAUGGUGAUGAAUACAUAGGAGCAGACAAUCUUCCUACCAACUGUACCCUUAUCAGAUUGCCAAUUCAGUCAAGUCAUGGUGAUUUGUUCAACUGGUUAGGUCCCGAAACUCUAGUAGAAUGGAAACUGUCUGAUCACUGUGACCAUUGUCACUAUGGUGGAGGUCAAUGCCACACUGAUAAAACCAACAAAUUUUAUUGUCAGAAAGAUGAAAAAACAAGAAGUAGUAGCGAUGAAAGAGAAGAAACAACUGGAAGCAAUAUGGUGGAGCGAAUUCUGGGCACAGUCUUUGGUGGAGUAGGAUCGGUGAUGAUAACUUGUUUAGUUGUAUACUUUAUCUGGCGUUACAAGAAGCACUCGACAAAGAAAUUGUCAGAUAUUUUUAAUCACGAUGUUGAGGGAGGCAGUCUAUACUUUGGUGUCCCAGUCUUCACUUAUUCAGAACUUGAAGAAGCCACAAAUGAUUUCAAUUCCUCUAGAGAACUUGGAGAUGGAGGUUAUGGAACUGUUUACUAUGGAAAACUCAAUGAUGGAAGAGAGGUUGCUGUAAAGCGCCUCCAUGAGCACAACUGCAAGCAAAUACAGCAGUUUGUAAAUGAGAUUGAGAUCCUUACUAGGCUAAGGCACAACAAUCUUGUCACCCUCUAUGGCUGCACAUCAAGGCGGAGCCGCGAACUACUCCUUGUCUAUGAAUUUGUUCCUAAUGGAACUCUUGCUGAUCACCUCCAUGGUGAGAGAGCGAAGGAUGGAUCACUCACGUGGCCAGUCCGCAUGAACAUUGCCGUAGAAACUGCUGGUGCAUUGGCAUACCUGCAUGCUUCUGACGUAAUACACUGCGAUGUCAAGACUAAUAACAUACUCCUUGAUCACAAUUUUAGUGUUAAAGUUGCAGAUUUUGGGAUUUCAAGGCUUUUCCCAAAUGAUGUGUCUCAUAUUUCAACUACACCCCGGGGGACCCCUGGCUAUAUCGAUCCAAAGUAUCACGACUGUUACCAGCUGACCAGUAAAAGCGAUGUCUAUAGCUUCGGGGUGGUCCUUGUUGAGCUCAUUUCAUCAAUGCCAGCCGUGGAUAUGAAUAGGCAUAGCCAAGAGAUUAACUUGGCUAACUUUGCAAUACAUAAGAUUAUAAAAUCUGCUUUUCACGAGUUGAUCGAUCCAUCCCUGGGGUUCGAUUCAGAGACAAAGAUUUGCGAAAUGACUACUUCAGUGGCAGAGCUAGCUUUUCUCUGCUUGCAGACAGAUAGGGACAUGAGACCUACUAUGGUUGAAGUUUUGGAUACUCUAAAAGAGAUUCAGACUAGUGGAUUUGACAAUGAAAAGAGAGCUGAGUCUAAUCUCAGUGGCAGUGAAACUAAAAUAGUAGCAGCUCCUUCACCAAAUUCUGUGACUGAUAAAUGGAUGACUUGCUCUAGUAUGUCUAGUACAAAGUAGUUAUAUACGCCCUUUGUUUGUUAUUGAUGUAAACAUUGAGAGAUUACAAGUGUGUAUUCCUGUGAGAAGUUUCUUGAGCUAUGUAUGUAUGAGUGAAAAUCGUUCAAUUUUUAGUUUCAAUAUAUAAGAGUUUAAGUUAUA